CGGUGCGAUAUAUGUCGGGGCGGGACGGGCCCCGGAUGUGCUAACUCGAUCACUUGCGCCCUUCCAUCCUGUCCUAAGACAUUCCAAGAACAUCCCGCUGCACGUCUGGCCCCGCCUGCCUUUCAUCGCCUGCCUUUGCCUUGCCUUCCAUCCCUCCUUCCAUCCCCAGCUUCACUUUUCGCCACCCGCCGCUUACUCACUACCCACCACAGUCGACGUCAUCUCCCGUGGACGCAACCACAACAGUUCGUCGCACAAACACGAAACGCUUUUAUUUUGCUUCCAUUGCUACCACAUCUUCACCAGCGCAGCUCUCUCUUACGUACGCCCUCUUCAUCCUAUCUGCUGGACGCUCGCUCCUCCUUUUCUCUUCCAUCAAUAAGACCUCUUCCCAUCCCCUCUUUUUUGCCACCGACCAUUGGCCGUUCUUAGCCACCCAUCCGGAACUCGACAAGAAACAUGAGCGCCGCAGACCCACAUCUAUCAUCGACCCACCCUCUAGCUGCCUCCGACCCGCCGAAACUAGAAAUAUCUCACGACUCUAUCACGUUUCCCAAGGUCCAUGUCAAAGCGCUAAUCAUCUCCGGCCAAAGUCAUGUAUUCUCUUUCGGUCCCGAGACGACCGUGGGGCGUGUCAAGGAGCUGAUAUGGAGUUCGUGGCCUAAAGAAUGGACAGACCCCGCUCAACCUCCUUCGCCUAAUUAUCUGAGAUUGCUUUAUAGCGGUCGGAUAUUACAGGAUGAUUCUACUUUGAGCUCCAACAACCUGCCUCUGACAACCUCCUCUGAUAUUCCCACCGUCAUCCACAUUUCGGUCAGAUCUUUCUCUAUCAAAGACGAUGAAGCAAAGAAACCUUCGGCGAUUGCACGUUCUCUCAGUCGUCGGUCCCAUCCGGCCACAGAGGAAGAAGUAAGCGGUUGUCGGUGUGUCAUCAUGUGAACCAUCCCAUUCAAACGUCCCUCAGUCAAUUUCAAUCUAUUUUCUCCCCGGAGGUUAUCUUUAGAGAGAAGAGAAAGGAGGCAAGAUGGAGAUGUCUUGGAAGCAUUCUUUAGGGCGGUAGGGCGUGGAUGGCGUGGGGUAUGAUGUGUACAACCUGUACAUAAUAGGAUAUUUCUUCCAUUUUUUCUCUUGUUUUCUUAUAUACUUUGCCAUCUACCAUUAUCCUUGCCAGUGCCAAUAUCAGUAGCAGUAUCAGUAUUCAUCAUCAGGGGUUGAACGUUGCCAUAUCAUUGUUUUAGUUGUCUGUAGCUCUUUUUUUGCUUUAUAGUCUUGUCUAUUCAUAUGCCAGAAAUCAGCAUAUCCUAGUUCUCAUCCU